GAAGGAUUGUUUACAAAGUUCCCCGUCUCUCUCUGCUAUCGAUUGCUUUCUGUGCUAAUUAAAUAGCUUUUGAGAGCCGCAGACUAAUGGCUGUCAGAGACGCUGACUGUAAGAAGUUGUAGAGGUUAUAAACAGACCGGAGUGACUCACGGUUGAUAUGACGGGGCAACGGACAGAAGUUUUGAGCAGAGAGAAAGAACGAGAGGAAAAACUGAUGACAGCUGAGACCUCCUGGCAGCAGAUGAGGUUAGAUGUUGGCCAUGGAUGACGGCGUGGUGGAGGAGUGGCUGUCUGAGUUUAAGACUCUUCCAGAGACGGCCGUCUCCAGCUACGCUGCCUCUCUGAAGGACAAGGGCUCCCUGGUUCCUGCGCUCUAUAAAGUUAUACGGGAGAAUUACAGCGACCUGCUGGAGCCGGUGUGUCAUCAGUUGUUUGAGUUUUACCGCAGCGGCGAGCCGCGUUUACAGCGCUUUACUCUGCAGUUCCUGCCGGAGCUGGUGUGGAGUUACCUGUCAGUGACGGCGGCGAGAGAUCCUCACUGCAGCGGCUGCAUCGAGGCGCUUCUGCUCGGCAUCUACAACCUGGAAAUCAUCGAUAAAGACGGCCAGAGUAAAGUCUUGUCCUUCACCAUCCCUUCCUUAUCUAAGCCGUCGGUUUAUCACGAGCCGUCUUCCAUUGGCUCUUUGGCCUUGACGGAAGGAGCCUUAGCCAAUCACGGCCUGAGUCGUGUGGUGUACAGCGGCCCCCACCUGCAGCGCGAGACCUUCACUGCGCAGAACAGGUUUGAGGUCCUGUCGUUUCUGCUGCUGUGUUAUAAUGCGUCUCUGAGCUACAUGAGCAGUUCGUCCCUGCAGUCUCUGUGUCAGCUCAGCUCCAGGGUCUGUAUCUGUGGGUAUCCCCGGCAGCAGGUGCGCCGCUAUAAAGGCAUCAGCUCGCGGCUCAUGGUCACAUCAGAGUUCCUCGUUCAGCUCAUCACCGGCAUUCAUUUCGCACUGUGUAACGGUGAGGUGGAGAUGGGCUCGAGGGCUCUGGAUGAUGUGUUGUACCGAGCGCAGCUGGAGCUCUACCCAGAAGCCCUGCUGGUUGGAAACGCCAUCAAGUCGUCUCUCCACGGGGCGUCUCUGAAGGCCAAUAAAGAGGGAACCCGCUCCAUCCAGGUGGAGAUCACACCCACGGUCCCCCGCAUCUCCCGCAACGCCGUCACCAGCUUGUCCAUCCGCGGACACCGCUGGAAACGCCACGACGCAGUGGAUUUGGGUUCCCCGGAUGAGCUGACGGAGAUCGCCGAGGUGGACGAGGGCAUCUGCACGCAGACGUCCACCGCUCCGAGCAUCGUGAUCAGCAGCGGCGGCGGCGGCGGGAGACUGAGCGGGAAGGGCCUGCGCCGCCUGACGGGCCGCUCCAGCAAAGACAAGGACAAGGAAGCAGCCUCCAGCAUGGAUCAGCUGACACACAAACAGCCCACCGUCCGCGCCUUGAGCGAGAACCUGGAGCUGCUGUCACUCAAACGCCUGACGCUGACCGCCAGCCAAUCAGUGCCCAAGAGCGGCUCGUUGAGUCUGUCACGCACCGCCAGCGCCGUCUUCUCGCGCUCCUUCGAGCAGGUCAGCAACGUCCUCGCCUCCAAUCACGUCGCAGAAGUGGACCACGGGGGCGUGGCUUAUUUGGAACACCUAAGCCCCGCCCACCAGCCCCGGCAGCGCUCGCCCACCAUCAGUAUCCACGUGACCUCUGACCUGUGACCCUAAACGGAGACGCUCACUGCUGCCACCUGGUGGCAGGAAACUGCAGCACCUUACAGGAAGUCCAUUUUGUUUUUCCCGUCGGUUUUUUUGUUUCCGUCAAUCGUGAUUGAUUACCAAAGUCAUGUAUUUUUUAAGUGUUUUUAAAAGAUCCUUGCGAAGUCAGAUGUUGUGUAUUUUUUAUGACGAUUCGAGUGACUCACGUGUGUGAAAACUGCAGGUUCUCUUCUCCGCGUAUCCCAGCAUGCACUGGGCUCGAACCGAAGCCAUCCUUUCACAGUUUUCAUGGGAAUUUGUGUGCUUGAUUACAAACCUGCGUGGAAAAUCCUGUGGAAAUCAGACCAAAACAAGAGUCGUCUUCAUUUUUCAUGGUGUUUCUAAAGCAAUAUGGUUAUUAAUUGAAUUGCUGUAUGUGAGGCCGUAAGAGAUGCUUUGGCACAGGAGGCGGGCGGGUUAGUGUCGGUGGUUAAACUGGUAAUAGUUAACCAGCUGCUGAUGUGUCACUACGGCAGAGUGUGAUUAUAAGCCACAAAUCAUUUCUUGAUUUAAAAAUGAAUAGAUUUUUCUUCUUUUAUUGGUGCGGCACUGUGCUUUUGCACCAGUACUUGUCUGGUUUUAUUGUUUUCUCUUUUAGGAUGAUGUUUUUGAAGAUGUUUUCUGCUCAUAAAGGUUUGUGUUUUUAAUUUGAAGUGGACCCUCAUUAACCGUGCUCGUGUCUGUGCUCAGAUCAUUUGCAGAAUGUGAAUAGUAAAUAUUAUUGUACUGAAGUCAUUUCGUCAAAAAAAAGGAACAUGGUUACAGUCUCUGAAAAUAAACAUUUCUAUUUCAGCGUGACUGGAUUUUGAAAUAGCAAGAAAACAAUCUUUAUUAUUGUUUUACCGAGUACCUUUUAAUUUCAAAAACUCAAUG